AUGUUAGCUCCUUUGAGGAAGCUCAGAUGUCGUGUGGAAAUAUUGCAACUCCAUCGAAACUUUCAUACUUCAUUAUAUUUAUUGAAAAACACCAGAUCUGGUGUCGUUCGUCGGACUCGAAACAUGUCGGAACCUCUGACGUACGAGCAGUCUAAGAAACCCCACCAAAUUGGCGUACUUAAAUCCUGGAACUCUUGGAAUACUGCGAAUCUUCAUGAUGAGGAUAAUUAUACUGGCAUUAUAACAUGGCAGGAUUCCCUAAUUCGAUUGUUUAUCCAAGGAACUUUUCCGACUCACAUACUUAGUGAAAUAAUAAUUCGGCGGCAAGCUAACAUGGUGCAUAUAUGUUUUAAUUUGUCGAAUCGUCUUUCUGCUAACGAGAUAUAUUUUCUCGUUGGAUAUGGCGAGCAAAUGCUUUCGUAUCUCCUCCGCUGUCCUGUAAAAAUUGAACCAAGAAUGAUUCUCAACCCGAAGGAUGUCAUAUUCCGCUACAUUUAG